AUGCUAGCCGACUGCCCAGCGGAGCCACCUACAGCAACAUGUUUGAAACACGAUGACGACGUUGUUGUGAAAUGUACAAACAGGCUUUCUGGUGUGGCGCCAGAGCCAGGCACAAUCCGCAUUGUUGGUCCCACGGGCACACCUGCACAGUCGGGAAUAGGACGACUUCAGUUUUACGAGAACGGCAGAGAGGCUUCUCUGAAUCAGUGCCCCCACGCUGUGGGCGAUGACAUUUACUGCGUGCACGACGAAGACGUGGUGAUUGCGUGUGAGGGGGAUGGCGAUCCCUCUGGUGUUGGAGCGUUUCACAAGGAAGAAGCCGCAGUUCAGAAGAAGCGGUUUCUGUCUCUGGUCCACCUCACCUGCUUUGACACUCUCGAGACAAAAAGUGGCCUGGCUGGGCCUCCGGGAACUAUGCGGCUAGUUGUAUGCCCUCCCAGCUGCGAGUAA